AUGUCCUCCAACACAAACUACCCAGAGACGCAGCAGAGCAAGGCAGACUUGCAGCGCAUUUACAGAGAGAAGGAGGCAGAGGGAUUCACGGAGCUUCAGCAGGCAAUUCGUGAAGUGACAGAUGGGAAGGUUGACCCGGCGAAGCGAUAUGAAACACUGACGAAAGGCAUGACAAAAAUUAGAGAGCUCAGUUGUCAGAAUAAAGAGAUGCGCAGACAGCUCAACACAGCACCUAAUUCGUCGUGGGGAGCGCAAGGUGGUCAGACCCACGGGGUAUGGCCGGGGGGAACUACCACUAGUCCCUAUCCCCCUGUAUCUGGUUACGGUGCUCUGGGGAAUAACUUCAGCACUACGCAGUAUCCCACUCAAUAUUACCCGGACAAUGCUGCGCUGUCAAACCCGAACUUCUUGCGAGGAUAUCCCGGACAAGGCAGGGGCGUUUAA